UUCCUGGACAAACGGAGGACUGAGCUGGAAAAGCCACAUUUCCCAUGAUCCAUCUGGGCCCCUGGUCAGACGUGACGUCGAGAUGUCUGCAGCUCCUCUGUGUUGGCUUUGUGCGAAGCGACGCUGAGAUGUUUGGGCGGACGAGUCAGCCCAGAAACAAGGGCAUUUGAGAAGCCAAGAGGCAGGGAGCCAUGCAGAGCCUGACCCAGCCUAACAGUGGGCCAAACCCGGUGACCACAGCAACCACAGAGCAACCGCUGGACACGGAGACUGAGGCUCAGCCAGCACAAAGUGAACCAGCUGCACAAGAGGAGGAGAACAAAUCAGCUGCUACUGCUGAGGCUGAAGCACAAAUCUCACCGGAGAAAAAUGGGACAGGGGUGCAAACAGCAGAAACACUUGCUAGUAUGGAAGUCAUGCCAGCAGUGGAGAAUGAUCCGGCUGUUCAGCCACUGACUGAGCCCUCAGAUAAUGGUGGAGGGAUGGCUGUGGACUCUGCUUCAAAGCCAAGUGCCCCCACAGAACCGGUACCUGAUACAAAUACAAAUCCAGUGUGUGAUGGGCAAAAGGCAAAGAAACAGGGCAAAGGUGUGCGUGAUGGUAGGAAAUAUGUUCCUUCAAAGAAGGCGAUGGUGGAUCCUCUGAAGAUGGACAUGUCCAAACCCCUGCUUAUGCCUCUCUCAUCCUCUCAGCUCUCCCUGCAGUGCAUCGAGUGCCACAUAAUCUUCAGUGAUCACAAGAGCAAAGAGCGUCAUCUGAAGCUGAGCCACCCAGCAGAAUAUGAACAAUGCAUACUAAGGAAUGCCCUUUUUGCCUGUUAUGUUUGCGACCGCCACUUCACAAAUUCCACAGAGCUUAUGGUCCACCAGAAAGCCCACAUAGAGAAGAAACCCUUCAAGUGUCCAAUCUGUGGCCAGGCCUUCAACAAGUCAUCAGAGCUCACCCUUCAUAAAAAAAUUCAUUUUGGCCUGGACGGUUAUGCCUGUUCUGACUGUGGCAAACCAUGCAAAACCAUGACACUGCUGAAGUAUCACCGUCGCACACACACUGGAGAGAGGCCGUAUGUAUGCAAAGAGUGUGGAAAGAGGUUCACCAUGUCCAAAGCUUUGCAGAAACAUAUGGUGUCACACCUGCCAGAGGGAGCUGAAGGAGAUGGGGGAGACACAACAGCUAAAGCUCAACUGAAGAAAGAUGAUGGUGCUACAAAAUAUCCUUGUUCUGUAUGCAAGGCCAGCUUCAAGAGUACCAAGACACGGUUACAUCACAUGAAAACUAAGCAUAGUGUAUUGCCUGCUACUGCCAGCAAUGCCCUCCCAGGUGGGCAGCAAGUAAAACAAAGUACACCCAUCAUAACUCCAAUAUCUAUUUGCCAAUCAGCACUACUACAGGUGGAGCCCAAUGGUCCUCUGCAAAAAGUUGAUGCCAAUAUUGACACAGAGCAGAUUCGCAGACUUAUUGAAUCUUUGGGAAAUGUGCAGAAAGUGAACCAAGUUGUCAUAUUGGGGCAGGUGCCCCCUCAUGCCCCGCCACUUGAAGUGCAGCAGAUAUCACAAAUGGCAGAAUCGGCCAAUUUGAAUCUCAAUCCACCGCAAAUAGAUUUUAUGGGCCUGAAACAGACAGAAUCUAAGGCCAUUGAAUUUGACCCUUCAAAUAGCAUAUGCGAUUCAAUGGAGCAAACAAUUAUACUGGAACCUAUUACACCUGAUGGACAGUUGGAAAACCCCACUUUCUCAGAACUUGGUUCACACAUAGCAGCAGGUGAAAAUAUAGAGCUAACACUCGUUCAGACUGAAGAAACAGAAAGACCCGAGGGAGAGGUGAUGCAUCACAUCCUUCAACAGCCAGAUAUUAGUGCAAUUCAGUCUGAUCCUAUGGAUCAAAUGAUUUGUCAGAAUGAGGUAGUUGUCCUCAAAGAAAACUUUGAACAAACAGUCAUAUUAGAACUUACCCCCGCUUUGAUACCAACUGUGGAGCUGGAACAAUCCCAAACUGUGCCACAAAAUGAUAUCCCAUCCUCCUCUCUGGUAUCAAUCACAGAACCGGAGAAGACUCCUGAUCAGACUCUAGAUCAUACUGUAAUAGAUGAGCAGGAGACCAGCCUGUCAGUCCCAACACUUAUGCAUACAGUUGAGUUGGAGCCGACACCUUUACAAAGAGAGCAGGAAGACCUUCCUUCUUUCCCUUUUGUUCCACCAGACACACUUAUACAAACUCCAAGUGAAUCCGAAACUAAUCCCAAAGAAGGGGUUGAUAUCAACAUGCAAACAGUAAGUCUAGAUGAGGUACACCCUGUGAUGGAUGGAGCUGCACCGCAAGAGACACAGGAAAAGGCUGAACAAGAACCAUCUGAGAAAUUGCUGGUAGGUGAAAAGGAGGGGCAGGGGCAGGUGGAGAACCUGUCUGAAUUAGAGGAUCCAUCCGCUAAAGAGGAAGUUCCAUCACAUUUAGAGACAAAGCAGGUUCCACAGAUCUCAGAAUUACCUGUAAAUGUAAUGUCAGCUCAAGAACUGGUGAAAGUACGGAAGAGAAAGCCAGCCAGGGCAUUUAUCUUUCAAGGAUAUAUGCAAGAACUGGUCGGAUCCAUACUCAAGGAUGAUUUACAAAUUAAUACCCAACCUGCCAAACGGCAAAGAACAAAAAAGUCUCAUCUUGUUGUUAAAUUUGGUCCACAAAGCAAAGAGAAGAAAAGCAAAAAACAGAAGAAGGAGCAUCAGCCAACACAGAAAGAUGUGAUAAAAGGUAAAACACCAACGACAAAUCUCUCUCAAAAAAAAGUACCAUCACAGAAGAAGGGAAGAAAGGGGAAAAAGGACAAGAAAGCAGGACAUUUGGCAUCUACAGCUGAAAUAAAAUCACCCUCAUCAACCCGGGAUCCACAGGUGCAACAAAUCAAAGAAGAUAUGAGAAAAAAUAAAAUGAAAAAGCAAGAAGUGGUCAGGGAGGUUGUUACGCAUGUAAGUGAGCACAAAAAUGUAGCCUCACCUGUAUUCAAAAAGAAAAAACAAGCAAAAAUAAUGCGAAAAGAUCAGCCCAAGAAUGCAAAGGAUGGGAAGCAAAAGAAAAAAGUCAAGACAAAAACAAGUGCAGUUUCAGCAGACAUGCCUGGCCCACACAUAACUCAAGAUGCUCUACUUCUACUGAAAGGUCAUAAACAGCCCCAGCUGAAAGUUUACAAGUUAGACCCUUCAAAGGCAUCCAGCCAGACACAGGAUGCUUCACCUCAUGAGUCCCAAACAAUGUCCCAACAGAGUAAAGACAGCAGGCUCAAACAUCCAGCUAGUCAGUGUACAGAUCUCACAGCAGGUAAGAAAAAAGGAGGAAGACCCAAAAAGAACCAGAAAGCUCUUUCAUUGUUGUCCUCGCUACAGGUUUCCCAUCAAUCACCUGAGACCCUGCCCACCAAGCCAAAGACCUCCAGGAAACGUAAAGCCUCCUCAAAAGUGGAGACUGAAGGAGUGAUAACUUCUUCUCAUUCCAAGCGUGCCUUAGAGUGUAAGGACUGUGGGGAGCGAUUUAGUGAAGUCUCAUCUCUUCAGAAGCACAAGGCGAUGUUGCAUAUUGUAGAGAGUCCCGGGCUCACUUACACCAAUGGGAACAUCUUUGAAGGCGUCUCCAGGUUGGAUCUUUACCAGCUUCCAAAACAGCAUGAUAAGGUUGUUAGGGUGAUGAAUGCUACUACAGACUGGGAUACUGAGCCUGAGAUGGGAGAGAUGGCAUUAGAAGACAGAGAGCGAAGUGUCUCUUUUCCAGCUUUGAUUCCAUCCCCAUCUUUACCUCUUCCUCCUUCAGAUGUUGAAAUGAGUGCCUAUGAAGAUAAGGGUGGAAGUAAAACAGGGGCAGACGAUCAAUCUCAUACCUUUUCAGAAUUUCACUCACCAUCUGGUCAAAUGAAAAACAGAGAGACCCCUCCAAAUUUCACAUACGAAUCCCCUUUGCGUACCUCUACUCAGACAAAGAAUUCGGAGACAGGAGAGCCUUUGGCAUCAAAUGAGGACAAGCGAGAAGAAGGCACCCUGAAGAAUUCCAACUCAGAAUCUGAAGUCAAGAGUACCACAGAUGAAGACAUUAAGGAGGAUUUACUUCUCGAGGUAGAUUUAGUCACUGUUGGGGAGGUGAAUGAGAGAGAUAAUCCACCUUCUCAUGAAGACACUGCUCCUCAAAAUGAAUCCAAUGGAACCUGCAGUUCUGAGGGUGCAAGCACCAGAAAACUUCCCAGGCAAGUUAGUAUUGAAACAACUGAAACAAGUCUAACUUCGCAGACUGUGUCAUGCUCUACUCAUCAGAUCGAGAUCAAAGAAGAGGAGGAAGAAAUGUUAGUCGAGACGAUAAAAGGAGAGAAUGGACCUGUGGGGAAUGCUAGAAGGGGUAAGAGAAGAGGAACAGGACGUUUGAAAAGGGAUGUGAUAGCAAAAAGAGUUUCAGUUGGAGAUACUGUCAGAGGAACAGAAUCAGAGAAAGAACGAGAUGAAUGUCACGUAGUUUACGAACAACACCCCAUCCUCUCUGAUUCAGAAAUUUUUGAUAAAGGUCAAACCGGAACAAAGACUUCAAAACCAGAGACCAGUCCUGAAUUUGAGACCAAUAAAGCUACUGCUACUGUCACAUCUUUGCCUUCAAUCCCCUCUACAUUAGAGGAAUCUCCUGAAGAGCAAGUCGUGUUUGAGCUGGAGUCGGUUACCACUAGUGUUGAGGAGGUAAUGAGUGAAAGAGGACUGCAAGGAGGAGAGGAGCACCACAGGGAUCAGUCUCCAGGCAUCAUACUUGAGAAGUUCCUCACUUCUAGACAGAGAGCGACUGCUGACAAGGUGUGCCUGAUGACAGCGAGGAUCAAUCAAAGACAGUUUUUGUUCCAGGGUUUGGACAGCAUUGCUGACAAUGAAGUGCAUGCCCUUGAUAGCCAGGAGAUCAAGGUUGAAGAGAAUAUCUCAGACCCACUACUGUUUGCACCCACCUGUCAAAACAGACAGAGUGCAAGUAUGCAGCCACAGCACCAUCGUGAUAUAAGGACUGUUCUGGUGAAGGAGGAGAAUAGCCUUGUGCUGAAUGAGGUUCAGAGCACGCAGGGCAGCAGACAUAUCCGAUGGAAUGUGGAGCCGGUCAGCAAUGAAACCACCUCCAGUACAUUAAUGGAGAGUGGGGAUACAACAAGGGACUGUCGCGUCACCCCUGAGUUCAACACCAACCACUGUAUCUUCUACCCAGUGAAGGAAGAGGAGAGGGAGGUUCAACUGGGAGAUGCUCAGACCAAUAGUGUGAAUUUAAUCAUGGGGGCAUCCAGUGAUGUCCAGCAGACAGAACAUCAAGUAGCAGAUUUAACUGAGGUAGAUGCUGAGUGGCAGCAUCCACCGGAUCUCCAGGACUUUCUCCUACAGAGUUCUGAUGAAGAGGACGUUGGUGCUUUUGAAUUGUCUGAUCCUCAGCUUGACUCAGAAGCAGAAGUAAUGGCCUAUUUCUACAAGAACCAAACAAACCGUGCACAAGGGCCAGAUGAAAUGCCACAAAAUUUGCCAACUUCAACGAACCAGCUUCAAACACCAAGAGAGGAAAACAGGACCAGAGAGCCCAUUGAUUACUUCUCCAAGUAUUUUGGUUGGGAUACCUGGGUAGAAAUUACCAAUUGCACAAAUAAACUGUCCAACUUGCCCAACCCUGUCAUAGCCAGAGAGGUUGCAAAAUUUGUUGGGAUCCACAUUGCAAUGGGAACUUUAAAGUUUCCCUCUCCGAGGCUCUACUGGGAGGACCUAACUAAGGUGCCCUUGGUUGCUGAAGCCAUGCCACUUUCCCGUUUCCUCGAGCUGUCUCGCAUGUUGAAGCUUGCCUCUCCUGCACAGGAUCCAGUCAACAAUAAUAUACAGGAGGAAAGACAUGGUAGUGACUUUCAAAAUGUACAGCAAGAAAAUAGUCUGUCAAGCAGGCAAAGUGAAAUUUCUCAGUGUAGUGACGGGCAGAAGCAAGGGGAUACGCCAAAUGACCUGGACAGUUCAAAAACACAGACUGAUCCCCUGUGGAAGGCUCAGCCAUUAUUGUGCCGUUUUAGAGCAGGGUGCCAGUCACUGAGACGAGGUGGUGAUUAUGCAGUUGACCAAUACCCACUUCCUCUGACUGGGAAAAUGCACAAUAAGAAACUGUCUCUCCACUGUACUACGUUAAUUGGAUUUGGCGGUUUGCUCUUACAUGUGGAUCUUAAAUUGGGUCUGUCCGGCAAAGAGGACGCUGUGGAAAAAAUGGUCCCCAAAGGUAGCAUGGUAUUUCUUUGCAAACAGGAACUCUCCACCCCUGCUAUGCUAGAGCGUCUGUUAGUAGCUGGGGUUCAUGGUGCAGGCAGGGUGGGAGGAGCCCGGGGACAGAUCGGAGAUGAGUUCGUAAGCUCAGAUGGGAAGCUGAUGUUGCGCAGAUCGCACCGUGGCUUUAUACUUUGUACUGCGGGAAAUGGCCAGAGGAACAUGGCUUCACUCAUUGACAACUUUGAGAAGGCCCAGAUGUCAGCUCACCUCAACAGAGAUCUGCUAAAUCUUUACUCUAUCCCUCUCACUGCCUCGGCCCCAACCUGCUGGCCUCAAGCAGUGCUUUGGUAUCUAACGGAUCUGGCUUUGGUAAACUCCUGGCUCCUAUACAGACAGGAUCACGGGGCUGCGUCUCUACCUUUGACUCUCAUGGCCUUCAGAUUGGAGGUGUCCAAGGCUUUGAUCCUCUCCAGCGGCUCUGAUACCCAAGACUCAGUUCCCCCCCAACCCCUCAUAGAGAAGGGACAUGCAUCAAAUGAAACCUCCAAUCCCAGCGUUGUGGAGGAAAGUCCCCUGCCAGAUGCAGCCACACGGUACGAUGGUUCAGGCCACUGGCCCGAGCAGCUUGGGGAGGGAGAAGGGGGCAGGUGUCGUUUUGGGGACUGUCAGAGAACAUCUCGAGUGCUAUGCCUUAAGUGCUGUGUCUUUCUUUGUAUCUCACGCAACCACAACUGCUUUUUGAAUUUCCACAACGAAGGGAGUUUGGGAAAAGAGUAGUGUCCACUCCAGACAUCAACCUUUUUAUGUAACAUUUUACUUUCUGGUUUAGAAUGUAACUGUGCUUUUGAUGUAUGUAAACCCAGCUAAUCAAAAACUGGUAUUAUCUCCUCAGUCCUUACAACUUUUCCAUGAUGCCUAUCACUGGCAAUGUCAUUCUUUUAGUAGGAUUAUUGUGCUGCAGUUUAAAAAACAAAUGCUUUGUGAUUUGUCAUUGAGCAAGUGUAAAAAUGAAUUUGCCUUUAGAAGGAAAUGUAAAAAAAAAAAAUACUCACAGCCAUGUACUUUGUGCUGCAAAGUGUAAAAUAUGAUUUUGACAUUGCGGUUACCAUGAUGUUUUUACUAUUUAUUUUUGUACAUCAUUUUAAAUUCUAUGAUAAGCUUGUUUUGGGGUAUUUGAAUUUAAACAUUAUUUAUUUGAAUUUCAGAAUACAAUAAAAAAUUGUU